AUGAACGGACUCGUGCUGCCAACCGGCUCCAGGCAGCCUCUUCGAGGCGACGCCUCCCUCUCCAUCUCGCCGCCAGCGCAGCUCAAGCAAGAAGGCUCUCCGCUUCGCCCCGUCGUCAAAUCCGAAGCCUCAUCGCCUGUCUCUCCUGCGCUGGCCUCGUCCGAUUUUCGGGCCACAGCCGACGAUGCUCAUCGACGCUUGCCGGCGCCUCAGUCGCGCGGCCCUGCGAACCCUUUGACGACACGAUGGACCGCACACCAGCCGAGCUCCGCCCCGAGCACAGCAGCUGCACUUGCAUUUAUCCCAAAAACCGCACGCAACUCUGCCUCUGUGCAGAAACCCAUCCACCAAUGCUCCGAGUUUGAGCUCGAGCAGAGGCUCGAUCGCAACCAGCGCAUCCUCUCCGCUCUCGAAACCACCCAGAGUCCCACCAAGGAGCGAUUAUCCGUAGAGGCCGAAGCCAUCCGAGAUGCCAUCCGUUCGCUUCGCGCCAUGCGAGACGUCAACGAAGCCAUCUCCUCGGUUCAGCUCAAUGACCCGUCCAAGCAGGCCGACUUAGAGUCCGCUCUGCUCGGUCUUUCGGUCAAGGAGGAGAGCCAUCUCGGAACUAGCCCGCCGGCGGAGGCGUUUGGCUGGACUCGCGACACGCUCGCGGUCAAGAAGCGGCUGGCGCAGACAUCAGGCGCGUUUCUGCCCGGUCGAAAGGUGCAAGCCAUGGGCUUCGAACAGUCGCUUGCCAUUCAGUCGGCAGCAUUGCUUGCAGAGCGCGAGCGAGAACGCAGGAUGGACGAGCUGCGCGCCAAGCCGAUGCCUGCAUCACGCGAGAAAUCCUCGUUGGGUGUUCCCAGCGGCGCCGCGCACAGACUCGGCCGCAAAUCCAUCUCUUCUUGCUCUGGGUCGAUGCGCAAGCACUCCAUGUCGGGCUCGGCAUCGCCACCCAAGGCUCUGCGCGCUGGCGGGCCAUUCGCGCGCCACGCCGAUACGGCUGAACUCGAGGCCAGCGAGAGCGAUACCGAAGACGUAGAACUCUACGGUGCAAACGACGACGAUGACGACGCAGAAGAAGACCCUCAUCCCGGCCCACGCCACGAGGACGAGGGGUUCACCUUCGGCCGCAUCGAGGAAGAGUAUCCAUAG